GUUAAUUUUUUUUUGGUACGUCAAUGAUUGAAAACAUUAAUUUCAUCACGACUCUAUUCACUGUAUCCAGGAAAGUCUCCUCGUGAUGAAGAACGAAACUGAUGAAUGAAACAGAGAGGUAAUCUGCAGAACUACGUCCCAGUCUGCUGCGGAGCGGGAACCCACUGCAGCCCUUGCACAGCUCCGGGACAUCCUUUCCCUGCACAUAUCCCCACUUGCAUCGGUGUCAUCUCCAGGAUCUGCUGAAAGCGCCUCGGCUCAUCAGACCUCCCAGCACAGGGCUUUCAGUCAGCCCAGUGAGGUUACGAGCCCGACCGACGUGCUGAGAGUGCCGGAGGGGGCUGCCAGCGAGACCAUCCGUACCACCGACAUCCUGCAGUCCCUCGUCAGCUGCAAACGGAGGCUUCAUUUACCAGUCACUGAGUUUCCUGGGUCUCCAGCUCCUGGUGCAGUGAUGAAUGAAAUCAGGGAACUGGCCACUCUGGGCCGUCCGUUCCAGUUGGGAAUGCUGUAUGACUGCCGGUCAGACACUCUGAUCCCAGGUGUCACCUUGUGGGACUUACAGACACUGCAAAGCAACCUCAAUAGUCGUGCUCAGCCCAGCACUGAGUUUCACAUCAUUGCAUCAGACUCCAUGGAGGAGAAAGCUGCUGCACUCAAUGUGUCAGGAUCACUGAAAGUCAGUCUCCUGUGUGGGUUAGUGGAGGUGAAAGGAUCUGCAAAAUAUCUAAAUGAUAAAAGCAAUCAGAGUCAGGCACGUGUUACCCUUCAGUACGAAACAACAACCAGGUUUGAACAACUGACGAUGAGCCACUUAGGGAGACAGAAUAUUGCCUACCCGAGUGUGUUUGAUGAAGGAUCAGCAACCCAUGUCGUUACAGCAGUGCUGUAUGGGGCCCAGGCUUUCUUUGUCUUUGAUCAAAUGGUUUCGUCAGCAGAGAACAUGCAGGAUAUUCAGGGUAAUAUGGAGGCGACAAUUAAACAUCUUCCAAUGAUUGCAGUUCAGGGUGAUUCCUCCCUAACAAUGGCAGAAGAACAGAAGUCUCAUUCAGAGAAAUUUAGCUGCACCUUUUAUGGGGAUUUCUCACUGAAAAACAACCCCACCACAUUUCAGGGUGCCAUCGGAAUCUAUGCAAGCCUCCCAAGCUUACUUGGAUCAGGUGGGGAGAAUUCAGUACCCGUGAGAGUCUGGCUCUACCCUCUCAAUAAACUUGACUCAAAAGCUAUUCAGCUGGUGAGGGAGAUAAGCAUGGGAUUGGUCAAUCAGUGCCAGCAGGCCCUGGAACAGUUGAAUGAGACAGUGCAGAGAUGCAAUGAUAUGAUGAAUGACAGCGUCACCAUUCAGUUUCCUGAGAUCAGGGACAGGAUACAGACUUUAGCCAGAGUUUUGCCGUCCAUCCGGGGAGGUGGGGAGGAGGAAGGAUUACUGGUGGAUAUACUGAAGAACAAGGAACAGUCACCAUUCAAACACCAGUCAUUGAUCACAUGGCUGGAUCACAAGGAACGAGAGAUUAUGGUGGUGAGGUUUUACCUCAAGAAGUUGGAUGAUAUUCCUAUUGUAAAAUCAAGGAGAGAGAUGGAUGAAGAAGUGAUGAAUCCAGCAAUAGACUAUGUCGUCUGCUUCACAUUUACAGCAUUGCAUCAGGAGGAUCUCUAUCUGUUAAAGGCAAUCGACUACCUCCGAUCUCACACAGAUCAGAAAAUGCAGACACCAACUCCUGCUACUGAAGCCUGUGCAACACAACACGGCGAGCAGUGGUUUAAUUCACUGCCUACAACCGAGAAAAUGAAGCAGCAAUGUAAGUCAUUCCUGGAUUUUGCCACAGCUAACAAAGAAAAUGGGAAAAUAAAAUUCCUUGUUGCUUCUGUGAAGGACGACAGCAACCGAGGAGCGUCUAUUUACCUCUAUGAAGGAUGGUCUUUGAAGAACCAGUGCUUUGACCCCCCGUCACAGCCCGAGAGACCUAGAACUAUUGGAACCACACAUGACAGUGUGACUCUGCAGUUACAGCCACCCAGACAUGGUGCCGGUGAGAUUGUGGGUUACACGGUAGAGUACAGAGGGCGGUGGCAGGAGGACUGGUCAACUCUGCAUACACCUGAUAAAUCCCACUCCGUCACAAUAUCUGGGUUACAGCUACACCAGGAGUAUCAUUUCCGAAACAGAGCAGUGACCAAGGUAGGGGUCAGCAAGGUGAGUGAUAGCUGCAGGGCCAUGACACGUCCUACAAGCCCACCUGGUAAACCGGUCUUGCAGGAUUUUUCAUCCAGAGCAAUGCUCUUCUGGGACGCUCCAAGACAGAUUGGAGCUAAUGUCAAAAUAGUUCAGUACAGGAUUGAGUAUAGAGAAGAAACAGCAGUUGGGUCCAACACGGAGGGCGGACUGUGGGAGGAAGUAAAGACAACUGACAGCCAAUGUCACUAUGAUUUCGAGGGUCUGAAACCUAAUGCAGUCGACAGAGUCCGAGUGUCUGCUGACUGUGGAGAAGCAGGUUCCAGUGCACCAAGUGAAGCAGUUUUAGCUUCACUUGGUGCACUGGAACCUGCUUCAGUGCACCAAGUAAUAGAAAAUGAAGCAUCCAGAUUAGGCCAGAAACUUCUCAGAUAA